AUGAGUGCCGCCGCAGCCCGCCGUCGAAAACAGCUCUUGGCUCGCAAGAAGCAACAGCAAGAAUCUGCUGGAGAUGCUGUAGCUGCCCAGCUUCAAAAGUUGUUGGCGGAUGAUUCUUUGUCAGAAGAAGCAACGGCAUACGAAGCCUUGCAACUUGCCCAGUCACAGGUUCGCAAGAAGGUUCAUGCCAAUGAAUUCAAGGAAGCCGUCGAUCUUGCGUACAACGCCUCUUUGUCUAUUUUGAAGCACGGUCGCGUUUCUGUUGCUUCUCAGCUAUUGACGGUUUUGGCGAAUGUCCUGCGUGAGACUCAUACUGAGGAGACGGAUGAGUUGCUGGAUCGAUUGGUUGAGCUGGACAAAGCGCACAAAGUAGCCAUGGAGGGGAAAACUGGAUUGGAAGCAGAUCGCCUUCAAAGGCUACAACGUGAUUGGCUGCGCCGAUGCGUGCAAUGGAGUUCAGAGCUUGGCCCUAUCCGCUUUGGCAGCACACGAAUGCAAGAGCUUUAUGCUGCCCAAUGCUGGGCCAUUGCGCACUCUAUUGAAAAGGAGAUCGAGGAAGAAGAAGUUGCUGGACUGAAAGCCGAUGCCAUCACGCAUAUGGCGCUUGCUGAGAAACCCGAGACAAUUAUUGAAUGGCUCAAGACCCUUCCAAAACCCACUGACCAAGAAACAAAAACAGGUCAUGUAUGCCCACCUGCUGAAAGAGACUCACUUCUCACUCGCGCAGUCCUUUGUCUAUGCGCGAUCGAGAAUUUGAGAGAUGCCACCACACUUGUAAAGUCCUACAUUGACAGUGUUGAAGAGCGCGAGAUUGAUACUUUGACAAAAUCAUACACAAGUAAGGACGAUGGCAAGGCACCCUCCCACAUUAUCUUCUGCUGCAUGCUUCUUCGCACUUGCGAGAAGGAUCCUCGUACCGGACCCCUGUUCUCGUGGCUCCUUCGCUCUUUCAAGAGAGAACUUGAUGCUAUGUUCAAGACCCAAAUCAUCCAAUCUUACACCACCAAGAUUGGAAAGAUUUACUUCAAUAUUCAGCCCCCACCAAAUAUGAUGAACAUGUUGGAGAAUAUGAUGGGUAUGAUGGGCGGUAUGGGAGGUGCCGGUGGAGGUAUGAACCCUGCCAUGAUGCAAGCAAUGAUGCAAGGCAUGUAG